ACGGGCACCCGCAGGCUGCAGCCAGUUGAGAAGCGCUCCUUCGCCGCUGUCCACGGAAGCGCCGUGUCUGCGGGCGAACAUCUUCAGCGAUCCACCGACUUCGUAAACAGCUGGUAACAAGAGUUGUCAACAUUUCCAACUCGGAGGGCUGAAAGUUUGAGGAUCAGCCUGAGAAGAUGUGCCUUCCAGGCCCCUUGCUGUGCAUCUCGGCCGCGUUGGGGCAGAAGGGGCCUCGUGGACCCACGCUCUGUUUGGUGCUUGCCCUUCACAUCCUGCUCUUUGGAUCUUGUCAUGCUUGUCCUGAUAUGUGCAGCUGUUUCACAACCACGGUGUCCUGCAGAAAUGCAGGUCUACGCACCAUUCCCCAGUCUCUGCCUGCCAAUGUGGAGGAGCUCAUUGUAACUGGCAACAACAUCACGUAUAUCACCAACGAAUCCUUCCCCGUAGUCCUGCACCACCUCACCAGACUGCACCUGAACGCGAACAGCAUGAUGGCCGUUGGCCCGGGUUCGUUUGCCAACUUGCCAAGACUUGAAGUUCUAGAUCUCAGCGACAACAGUUUAUUGGCUUUCAGGCUGGGGAUGUUUGACAUUCCACAGCUGAGCAGACUGAACCUGAGAAACAACACCCUCGUCGACUUUGGGGACGCAGCCCUGAAGAGUCCAAAGCUGCGACAUCUUGAUUUGAGGGACAAUGCACUGAAAAAGCUCUCCAACGCCACCAUGCUGGCCUUUGCUCAGCGAACUGACUUCAGUGUCCUGCUGGCGGGAAACUCCUGGGUGUGCGACUGCAACAUCGAGGAUUUUGUAGCGUGGCUGAGAAACUCGGAUGCGAUCCACGACAAGCAGAACUUGUCUUGCAUCUCCCCAGAGAAUCUCCUUGACGUUGGCCUGCUGCGGGUCAACCGGUCUGAGCUGCAGUGCCCCAGCUCCGGGGGCAUGGAGCGUGCGCUGGAGACCUCCUACGUGUUCCUGGGCAUGGUGCUGGCCCUGAUUGGCCUCAUCUUCCUCCUGGUCCUGUACCUCAACCGGAAGGGCAUCAAACGGUGGUUGUACAACAUCCGGGACGCGUGCAGGGAUCACAUGGAGGGGUACCACUACAGGUACGAGAUCAACUCUGAUCCCCGGCUGGCCAACAUCAGCCUCAACUCAGAUGUGUGAGUUGCCCAUGCGGUGGAGCCUAGCAACUGGCCCUAGCUAUGCAUGCCACACCCCGGUCCUUGAACCCUCUGCCUGCACCCGCAGAUCCUGCCCCGCGUGUCAAAAAAGGCCAUGUCAUGUGAUAUAGGAUGAUGUGCUUCCUCAUUGUUUGACGUCAUGCAGCGCUGCAUGGAUUGGGCCUGGCAGGCUUGGAUCACUUUGCCAAGGUCUUCCUCACCUGCCAGCACUCGCUGGCUUUGUCUUUCGUUACAUGACUGAGGAAUGUCAAAGAACUUAAAUAUAUUCUUCUGAACAUAUCUAGAUCUCAAUGAAAUAGUCUCGGUAUUAGCUAAACCCUCUCCCACGGAAUAAAAUCUUGCACCCGGAGUUUCUGUUAUGUUGUUGAAAGUACCUGCUUGUCAUAUUCUUUUUUUAAUGUCUUUUAUUUUAUUAUCGACGCUCUGCGCAUUUAUAAUAAGACGCGGUCGCUCUUGGUUCUACCUGAGGACGUUCUGCUGGAUAAAAGGUCCUGAGCGGUUGCUCUCUGCUGGACUUGUGUGACUGGAAGCCUGACGCUGCAGCAAGACUCCGCACUCGACACCCUUUUCCCACAUGGAACGUAAAUAGAUUUACAUAAUUCCAAAUGACCUAAAGCGGUAGUGAUAUAUACCUUGCUGUAGAUUGCAAGAUGUUUUAUUUUGUAUUAAUUUACUUGUCUAAAUAUAUUAUUUAACCUGUAUUUUGGAAAC